AUGACCACCUCCCUGGUCCUGAAUCCUCGCUGGGCGGAUACGGUUAUGUUUGUGUAUGAAAACAACUUGGAUGAGCUGAAGAACAUGGAGGGUCUGGUUGGAAGCAGCAAUUUUGCGGCCAACCAGUGCAGGAAUCUAAUGGCCCACUCGGCUUUGAGUGGUCACCCUUCUAGCCUCGUUCACGGCUCCAGCUAUUCCACUGUGGACGUAUCGACUUCGAGUUCUGCAGAGUCGGGCAAACAAUGCACUCCUUGCCAAACGGUUCCCCAGGCCUCGUCCACCGGUCCUAUACCGUAUGGCUACUUUGGCAACAGCUAUUAUCCUUGUAGAAUGGGGCGGGGUUCCCUCAAGUCCUGCACACAGCCGAGUGCACUCAGCUACUCCGCAGAUAAAUACAUGGACACUCCAGUCACAUCUGAAGAAUAUCCCAGCAGGGCCAAAGAGUUUGCCUUUUACCACGGCUACCCCAGUCCCUAUCAGUCCAUGGCCAGUUAUUUGGACGUGUCAGUGGUGCAGACGCUUGGAACAGGAGAGCCGCGGCACGAGAGUCUCCUGCAAAUGGACAGCUACCAGCCUUGGGCUCUGGCUAACGGAUGGGGAAGUCAAAUGUAUUGCUCCAAGGACCAGAGCCAGGCAGGCCAUCUCUGGAAGUCUGCACUAGCAGAUGUUGUGGCCCACCAACAUGACGGGGGCUCAUUCCGUCGAGGUAGGAAGAAGCGGAUACCGUACACAAAAGUGCAACUAAAGGAACUGGAGAAAGAAUAUGCAGCCAACAAAUUCAUCACAAAAGACAAGAGGAGAAAGAUUUCAGCAGUAACCAACCUAUCCGAGCGGCAGAUCACUAUUUGGUUUCAAAACAGAAGGGUAAAGGAAAAGAAAUUCAUUGCCAAAGUUAAGAACAGCGCGCCAUAG